CGUGCAUAGUACGUAAUGCGAAACUAGUCGUAUCAAAAGCUUUGUCCAUCAGUCCGCACCACUACCACCGGCACCACUUCUUCCGCCGACGCCAGUUCCUCCACCGUCCUCGCCUUAUCGACUGAAUCCCACAUUAUCGACAAGCCUGAGGAUCAAUCUUAUACUUGUUUCAGCGAUGGCUCUUCAAAUUAGGAGCAUGUACUGUUGAAGGAUGCCCGAUAAACAACUGGGUGUUCAUUGUUUCUUUCUUAAAAUCAAAAAUUAAUUGAAAUUGGUUUCUAUGAAAUGGGUCUGAAAUGGGUUUUCUAAAAUAGAAACCCUAAACCACGUCGACGGGAAGAAGGGCGGACGCCAGCUCCUCCGGUGGACCAAUUUUUGUUUCAUAAAAGUAGGUUUUGAUAAUCUCAAUGACAUUACAGAGUUCUUGGAAGGUAUUAUGCUUUUUGUAUUUAUAUAUUCUGAAUUAAGUUGAGAGAUUGAAAAUGAAAAAAACUGAGAUGUCAGAAUACUUACCUGAAGAGGUUAUAGUUCAAAUAUUAAGCAAAUUGCCUGUCAAGUCCAUUUUGAAAUUCACCUGUGUCUGCAAAUUGUGGAAUUCUAUCAUCAGAACCCCUCAUUUCAUCUCUACCCAAAAUCACAAUACUUUCUCAUCAAACAAACAUCACCAUUACAUUUUUCUGCUUCACCCUGAUAAGUUGGAGUAUCGGUACUCUAUGCAUUUCGACAACAAAGAUUUCGAUGAAUACCUAUCCGUACAACCACUCUUCAACCAAGCCGACGCUUGUGAAGUGGUCGGCUCGAGUAACGGUCUUGUUUGCCUCUCUUAUUUCUAUAAAAAGAAUAGCAACUUUAACCGCAACAUAUAUAAAUUUGUCAUUUGGAACCCUUCCAUUAGAAAAUAUUUGCUCGUACCUGACCCUAGUUUUCCCCUUCUAGAUUCGAGUUACUCUUCAAUUCACUCAAAAUUAUUGGGGUUUGGCUUUGAUUCAAGAUUUAAUGAUUACAAAUUGUUUGUGGCUCAGUAUUCUACCUCUACUAUAGAUGUGGUUCUCUAUUCACUCAAUUCUAAUACUUGGAAGAAAAUCACUGAUGUUCCUCCCAUCAGCUAUGGAAAUCAACUGUUUUCUAUACGCCCUUCAACUUUCGUCGAUGGUAAGUUUUAUUGGCAUCCUUAUGAGUUAACUAGGAAGUUGGUGCUGGUGUUUGAUUUAAGUGAUGAGAUGUUUGGAGAUAUAUCAUUGCCCGCUGAAUGUUUGGAAAAUUUUAACAAAUGGAAUUUUCAAAUCAAAGCAUUUGGAGAAUCAUCCAUUGCAGUCAUUAUUCGAAAUAAUAUUUAUGAGAACGACAUAUGGGUGAUGAAAGAGUAUGGGACUGGUGAAUGGUUGAAGUUAGCUAGAGUUGGAAAAUUGUGGAGGGGAUCAUCUAAUGUGCUUGGGUUUAGAAAUAAUGGUGAAAUAUUAGUUCAUUUUUGUAGAGGGCAACGCUUAACCUCCUAUAACUUAAAUGGACGGAUAAAAAAUCUACUGGCUUUGAGCAAAGAAAAGAAUAGCAGGCCUCCUUUUGCUUAUAGGCAUGUUGAGAGCCUAGCAUUACUUGACAAAGGUAAUGAUAUUUCUAACGAGCUAUCAAUUUCAUUUACGGGUCAUGAGUUUCAUGACUCAUGAGCAAAUAUGGUGUAGCGUGGUCAUGGAGGUUCUCCAGGACGAUUCUUAUUUCUGUGGCUACUUGGAGAGCCAUACAAAUGCAGCGAUUCAUCGAUGAUUCAGACAAUGGAAAUGUUUUAAUCGAUUCAGCAAUCAACUAUUUUUUCUCUUCUCUAUGCCCUUGAUUUUCUUCUCUUCUCUUCAGCGGUGCUCGAAGUUCAAAUUACUGCCUUGGGAAUCGAUUGUGAGGUCAACAGCGAUGCUUUUUUCAUUACAACUAAUUUCUUUUAGGUUUUAAUCGAUUGAUUUUAAUUUUUUUUUAUGUUUCUAUUUCAAUAUUUUUUAGUGAUCUGGUGCGAUCCUUGGGCAUAUUGUGUUAUUGAGUUUGUCUCUGCAUUUUCUCAUCGUCCUUACAACAAAUUACCACGGCUUACAACUGAUGUUUCUGUAAGUACUUGAUAAUUAAUGAACUUUCCUUCAUUGAUUUUUCUUUUGGUUGCUUGAAGACUUAUGACUCAGUAGUCAGUGACAGUUCCUUACAUAUAUCCUUGCAAUCUAUCUUUUGGUUGUACAUUUUGGUUAUUGAAGAAGAUUUGAAGGCCUUUGUUUGCAAUAGAUAACUUGUAGAAAUGUGUAUCUGUUUGUAUUGGCUUAUUGGAUAGAGUGAGGUUUAAGAUUGAAGAAGUGAAAAAGGGGACAAUUGAUAUUAGAGGGUAUACAAAGAGUUGGGCAUGUAAGGGUAUACAAAGAGUUGCGUUAAGUUAUUUUCGUCCAAAGAUUCUUAUCGUUUCUACCCCGAACUACGAAUAUAAUGUGAUUCUCCAAAGAUCUACUCUUACAAACCAAGAAGAAGAUCCAGAUGAGAAAACAGAGUCGCAAUCUUGCAAAUUUCGCAACCAUGAUCACAAAUUUGAGUGGACUAGAGAGCAGUUCAAUAACUAGGCGACUGAAUUAGCCGGACGAAACAAUUACAGCGUCGAGUUCACUGGCGUUGGUGGUUCUGCAGAUGUGGAACCGGGGUUUGCUUCCCAGAUUGCCGUCUUCACGAGAGGGAUUCUAUCUCAAGAAGAUUAUACUUUAAACAAUGAAAAACAUGCACAUAGUUGCAAGGUUAUAUGGGAGUGGGACAAUAAUAACAGAACUGAGUCUGCCUUUUGACAAAUAUCUGCA